GACAGUUCUAUUUUUAUUUUCAGCCUUAUGGGCCAUUUCCUGAUUCAUCUCCCUGACCUCCAACCCCACCCCCACCUCCCCGCUAUGAAUCCCCAAGACUGCACCUCCAUCCCUGGGGAUUUCAACCUCUCCUCCUCCUCCAGGGGCUACUCCACAGUCACCAACCUCUUCAUGAACGAGUCCGGCGAGAGCGCUCCCUUCCAGGACAGCAGCACCGUUAUCACCGCAGUAAUCUCUAUGACUGUAUUCAUGGUGGGCCUCCUGGGKAACACGCUGGCCAUCUACGUGGUCCUGCGCUAUGCCAAGAUGAAGACUGUCACCAACAUGUACCUUCUGAACUUAGCUCUGGCAGAUGAAUUGUACAUCUUAGGACUUCCCUUCCUGACCACCCAGAACGUGCUCUCUUAUUGGCCGUUCGGGCAGUUUCUGUGCCGCGUGGUCAUGACGGUAGACUCCAUCAARCAGUUCACCAGCACCUUCUGCUUGACCGUGAUGAGCAUUGACCGCUACCUGGCCGUGGUGCACCCCAUUCGGAGCGUCAAGUGGCGGCAGCCGAAGGUGGCUAAGAUCAUCAARGGGCUGGUGUGGGUGGUGUCGUUCGUGGUGGUGCUGCCGGURACCAUCUACUCAGAUGUUCAGGACCGCUUCAACUCGUGCAACAUGAGCUGGCCUGAUCCCCAGGAG